UCCACCAACCAGAACUCAAAGCCAAAGUCCAGCUCUUCUCUCACAGCCUGACCAUGUCCAUCGACCCGGCGGCCGAGCUGCCUUUCUACUACGGCAGCAUCAGUCGCUCAGACGCCGAGCAGCACCUCAAGCUGGCCGGGAUGGUUGAUGGGAUGUUCCUGCUGCGACAGUGUCUCCGCAGUCUGGGAGGCUAUGUACUCUCUAUCGCGUUUAACCUGGAGUUUCACCAUUACCCUGUAGACAAGCAGCUUAACGGGACCUACUGCAUCACAGGGGGGAAGCCGCACUGUGGGCCUGCGGAGCUCUGUGAGUUUUACAGCAAAGACCCCGAAGGGCUGGUGUACCUCCUGAGGAAACCCUGUCUGCGCACCCCGGACACUCCGAUACGUCCCGGGGUGUUCGACAGCAUGAGAGACAACAUGAUGAGGGAGUACGUGAAGCAGACCUGGAACCUGGAGGGAGAAGCGAUGGAGCAGGCCAUCAUCAGUCAAGCUCCUCAGCUGGAGAAACUGAUCGCCACCACGGCCCACGAGAAGAUGCCCUGGUACCACGCUAAAAUCACCCGGCAGGAAGGAGAGAGGCGGCUUUACUCUGGCGCACAGCCUGACGGCAAGUUUCUAGUGAGAGACAGAGAGGAGUCUGGUACUUUUGCUCUCUCCAUGGUGUACGGAAAAACAGUGUAUCACUACCAGAUCCUCCAAGACAAGUCAGGGAAAUACUCCAUGCCAGAGGGAACAAAGUUUGACACAAUCUGGCAGCUGGUUGAAUACCAGAAGAUGAAAGCUGAUGGCCUGAUGACUAAUCUCAGGGAGGCGUGCCUAAAUGGCAAAGCCGCUGCAAAGACUCCUAGUAUUCCUACAACAAGGCGUGCUCCAGCAAAUGGAUACACACCGCCCCCUCAUGCAUCGAAGCUGGCCACCAAUGUGCCUGCAGACCGUGAGGUGCUGCCGAUGGACUGCGAGCUAUUCAACCCGUACCACAACCCAAAUGAAGUGAGGAAGUUCAACAUCCAGAGGAGUCAGCUGCUGGUCGAUGAAGUGGAGCUCGGCUCAGGGAACUUUGGCUUCGUCAAGAAAGGAGUCCUCAAGACUGAUUCGGGCCAGCUUGAUGUGGCCAUCAAAGUACUAAAGAGUGACAAUGAAAAGCUGGUGAGGGACGAGAUGAUGAGGGAGGCAGAGAUCAUGCACCAGCUCAACAACCCCUUCAUCGUCCGCAUUCUGGGUCUGUGCAACGCCGAGAACCUGAUGCUAGUCAUGGAGAUGGCUUCUGCCGGGCCUCUCCACAAGUUCCUCUCCACAAAUAAGGACACAGUCAGCGUGGAGAACAUUGUGAACCUGAUGCACCAGGUGUCGAUGGGAAUGAAGUAUCUGGAGGAGAAGAACUUUGUGCACAGAGACUUAGCGGCUCGUAAUGUCCUGCUGGUCAACAAACAGUUCGCCAAAAUCAGUGACUUCGGGCUUUCCAAGGCCCUUGGAGCAGACGACAACUAUUACAAGGCUCGUACUGCAGGUAAAUGGCCUCUGAAGUGGUACGCUCCAGAAUGCAUCAACUUCCACAAAUUCUCCAGUAAAAGCGACGUGUGGAGUUUUGGUGUCACAAUGUGGGAGGCCUUUUCCUUCGGAGGGAAACCUUACAAGAAAAUGAAAGGCCCAGACGUGAUGCGCUUCAUUGACAGUGGAAGCCGCAUGGAUUGUCCAGCCGUGUGUCCUGAGCGAAUGUAUACAGUGAUGAAAGAAUGCUGGAUAUACAAGCACGAGGAGCGUCCUGACUUCAAGAAGGUUGAGGAGUCCAUGAGGUCUUACCAUUACUCCAUAUCGAACAAGGCCACGCCUGAGGGAGCUGCAGCCGCUGCCGAGCCUAUCAAGUAGACAGAAACAAGGCACAUUCUGUCCCCAUGCUGCACAAAGCAUCCUUUCAACCGGCCAUUAAAGAUCCCAAACAAAGAGCUUUUUAUGAACAGUGCACACUGACCAGCUUCAACUGCUGUACCAAUUCAGCUAAACAGGCCUCGAUGAUAAUAAAUGUGCAUUGUAAAUUGGACUUCAGUAGGUCGGCCAUGUAAAAAGGAUCUGUGUCUCCCUGUCUGUCUGUCAUGAUUUGAAUGUUAAGUUUCGACAUCUUUGCAUUGUUGAACAAUUUAAUUUUAUACUGUGCUAUUUUGGAGUGUAAUGGGAGUAUAUAGUGCUUAUCCAAUUGGUUUUUCACAGUAUCUUUUUUAUGCCAAAUAAUGUAGAAAGAAAUUGCUAGAACUGUACACUUUUUAAUAAUGUUCUUUUAACAUUCCUGUGAAGUAAAUGAUUAAAUCUGUUAACCUGUUACACAUGGUUAAAUGUGGAGUUCAUAA